AUGUACAGCCUUUUAUCGCGUAAUCUCGGACAAGCACUUCGUGAAGUCGGUCAUCGUGUUCGUCUAGCAACACACAAUACAUUUCGUAAAUUUGUCCGUGACAAUGGUCUAGAUUUUUUCCCACUGGCUGGUGAUCCAGCCGAAUUAAUGUCUUUCAUGGUUAAAAACUCAGGUAUAAUACCUUCAGUGAGUAGUCUCGCUGCAGGAGAUCUUGCAAAAAAUCGUGAUGUUUUAACGAAAAUUCUUGCAUCGACUUGGCUUGCAUGUACGAGUGAAGACGAUGAAACUGGAGAUACAUUUACCGCUGAAGCCAUCAUUGCUAACCCACCAUCUUUUGGUCAUAUUCAUUGUGCACAAAAGUUAAGAAUUCCUUUGCACAUUAUGUUUACUAUGCCAUGGUCACCCACAACGGCUUUUCCACAUCCGUUAGUUAAUGUUGAUUAUUCAAAAGCAUCUAUCGAAAAAGUUAAUAUGUUAUCUUAUAGUACCAUUGAAAUGUUUACUUGGUCGUGCAUGCGUGAUAUUGUGAAUAAAUUUCGCAAAGAGACGUUAGGUCUUCCAGCGUUACAUACACGCCAAGCAACAUUUAUCAUGAUUGAUGAACGCGUACCUUAUACUUACUGUUGGUCGCCAACACUCGUACCAAAACCGAAUGACUGGGCAUCGCAUAUCAAUGUUUCAGGCUUUUUCUUUUUGAAGCACGAUGCUACUGCUGCCAGUAAGCAACCGGAUGAUCUACUCAAAUUUCUUGGUCUUAAUCGUACUCAAAAUGAUCAAAACUCCUCACCGCCCAUCUAUAUUGGCUUUGGUUCGAUUACAGGACAUGAUUCUACUCGUCUUCUAAAAAUCGUACUUGAAGCUCUCGAAGAGACUGGUUAUCGUGCUUUACUUUCUGGCCUUGCUAAAGAUAGUGAUGAAUUACCCGAUACUGUCUUUAAAAUCGGCAAUGUCCCACAUGAGUGGUUGUUCCAACAUGUAUCCGCCGUAUGUCAUCAUGGUGGAGCGGGUACAACUGCAUCUGGUCUUCGCGCUGGCAAACCUACAAUCGUUGUUCCCUUUUUUGGAGAUCAAUUUUUUUGGGGCAAUGUUGUUGAAAAGAAUGGUGCCGGUCCUCAUCCAGUUCCAGGAAAAGAUAUAACUACGAAAGAUUUGGUGGAAGCUUUUAAAUUAGUUCAUGAACAAAAAACCAGAGCUGCUGCUGAACGUAUUCGUGACGCUAUAUUAAAAGAAGAUGGAUGUGGUGAGGCGGUACGUAUGUUUCAUGCUCAUCUACCCCUAUCACAUCUACGAAGUGAUCUUGAACCAACAUUUGCUGCAUGUUAUCGCUUGAAUAAGUUACAUUUACAAAUUUCACGGCGUGUAGCACAAGUACUUGUUGUAGCAGGUCGUAUAGAAGAAUCACAAUUACUCAUACAUCCUACUCAAAAAUGGCUUUCAAUUCAUGAUAAUCGCAUCCAUAUACCAUUGCAUGGUAUUGUAAAGCAUACUCGAAUAGCCGUCGUGGAUAUUAUUUCCGACACUUCUACGGGUGUCAAACGAGCUAUUCAUUGUGAAAAUUGGAAAAGUGGUACAUGUAGUGUUGUCGAGGGUGUAUUCAAAGGUUUAGGUAAAGGUAUUGGUCAUUUAUGCAUUGGUUGUUUGUCAUUAUAUGGAGAAUUAACUGAUGUAUUAGAUUGUGCUCCUUCAGUUUAUGAUCCAUACAGUGCGUCAGAAAUUCGUUCUCGACCAUAUAUUAUCAAUUUCAAAUCGGGUGUCAAUGCAGCUAUACUCUCUUUAUGCUAUGGAUGGAAAGAUGGGAUUACCGAUCUUGUCAAUACACCACGCAUUGCCUAUCAACGUCAUGGAAAAUUAGGUAGUGUGGCCGGAACAUUAGUGGCUCUCGCUAACGGCAUAGUAAAACCUGCAGUAGGAACCCUUUCAUCAGUCACAUGGUUGUGUCGGGGCCUCUAUGCAUCUCUAAAUCAGUUUUUGGUAGGCGACAAAGGUGAGGAAGCAUGUACUAACAAUACACUUGGUCUUGUUUCACCAUUGCCGGACACUACUGACGAAGAACAGCAACAACAAAAUGGUAAUAAUAUUUCACGGGCUGCUAUCGCUGCGUCCGCUGUGACAGGCUUUCAACCUCAAGUAUGUCAGCAAAUUUUGUUGGAAUUCGAUGAAAUCAAAAAGCAACAACUCGAUCAUCAUUCUCAUUGGUAUAAAUCCCAAUAG